AUGUAUGCAUCAAAUGAAGAUGAAUUUAAUCGUGAAGAAGAUGAUUGGGUCUUUUUAAGACAAACAUCACCAGAAAAUACUAUUCUUCAUGGAGCUGUCAAUCUUGUUGAUCAUGAACAAUUAAAUUUAAGUUCCUCAUCAAGUAAUAGUAGUAGUAGUUCAUCAAAAUCGAAUCGAAGUGAUUCUUUAUCAUCGCUUUCAUCGAUUGAAGAUGAACCUAUACAAACUGAUGAUCAUAUUGAUCAACAGGAAAAUCAUUUGACAAUUGAAGAUCCGGUGUUAACUAAUUCAAGUAAUGAUAAUAAUAAUAAUAAUGAUUUAUUAUUAACCAGUGAAAUUAAAGAAGAAAUUUUAUCAUCUGAAAUCAUGAUUAAACAUGAUAAUGAAAAUGAAACGAGUCCAAUAUUUAAUGAAUAUGAUUUAUUUAAUGUUGGAUGUGAUAUAAAUAAUGAAUCAAAUCUUUCAUCAAAUAAUUUUCGACAACGUACCGGUGCUUAUGUUCAACAUGCAGUUGAACAACCUUUAUUAACAGUUGGAAAUGAACUUGUACCUGUUACGAAAAAUAAUUAUCGUCUAAGACGAAAUAAUUCAUUUGGUGUUUAUGGAUUCUUGAUUUUUAUUUUUAUUUUACAAAUAAUUCUUGGUCGAGUUAUUUUAUCACAACGAUCAGUAAUAAAUAAAAUUACUAAAGAAUUACGUGAUACAAAUAAACGUUUGGAUAAAAUAAAAUUUGUUUCAAAUGAUGAUAUUGAACAAAAAUUAACAAACAAGUUUGAAGAAAAAUUUCAAAUGUUGAUUAAUCAAAAAAUGAUUGAAUAUAAUAAUGAAAAAAAUUUAUUGAUUAUAAAAAUCAAUGAACUUUAUCAAAUAAUAAAUUUUACACAAGAAAAUUUAACAAAUAUGAUUCAUCAACUAUCAGAUGAAAAUGAACAAUUACAAAAACAAGUUACAGAAUUAGAACAUCGUGUACAAUUAGUCGAAGAACAAAGUUCAAGAGAAGAAGAAGAAGAAACAUGUCCUGAAGGAGUUGAUUGCACGAAAUCAUCUGCAUCAUCUUUGGAUGUGCUACUUAGUAAUUUAAUCAAACAAACUGCUGCAAUAGCAGAAAAUACUUCAAUCAAUGUGUCUGAUUUUUUCGAACAUUUAAGUGCAUCCCUCACUGAUUUUGUUAAUCAUGGACAUGAAUAUAUGGAACAAAGUAAACAAAAACUAUCGGAUAUUUCUGGUUCAGAAACAGCUGAACAAAUUCAAAUGGCAUUACGUCGUGGCGUUGAACAUCUUUCUUCAUCAUUUCGUAAAGCACAAUCAACAUAUGCUACAUGGGUUCGAUCACGUGCACAAUAUCGUGAACAAGCUCGAAUGGAUAAUACUGAACAAGAAGAAGAACACGAAGCCAAUCGACAUCCAUGGCGUUGGACAUUCCAACGUAGCCAUGAUCGUGAACAGAUGCGUCAUCAAGCAUCACCAACAAAAAAACAUGCAACAAAUAAAGAACAUGUUUGCCAUUCACAAUAUGUAUUUACAAGUAAACCUUUAUCAUUAAUGAAGAAUUGGAUGGCAAAAAUCUUUCGAUCAUAA